AUGGCAUCAUCAUCCUCCCUCCCAGCUCCCCGCUCACGGUCUAAGAAGCCUCUGGGCAAGAUGACUGACUGGCUCAGGCAAGCCCUGCUGAGGAAGCCCAAGAUGCCAGACUCCUCAGAAAGCACCCCCAGUGAUGCCUCACAGUCCACCUCACAGGACAGCUCUCCACCCCUGAGCCUCCACUCAGCCACAUCUCCCAGCUCACCACCGAAGCAGACAAGCGACAGCAGUAGCAACCGCUGGAGCAAAGACUAUGAUGUCUGCGUGUGCCACAGUGAGGAGGACCUAGGGGCUGCCCAGGAACUGGUCUCCUACCUGGAAGGUAGCACUGCCAGCCUGCGCUGCUUCAUACAGCUUCGGGAUGCAACCCCAGGCAGUGCCAUCGUGUCUGAGCUGUGCCAGGCACUGAGCAAUAGUCACUGUCGGGUGCUGCUCAUCACCCCAGGCUUCCUACGGGACCCUUGGUGCAAGUAUCAGAUGUUGCAGGCCUUGACUGAGGCCCCGGGGGCCGAGGGCCGCACCAUCCCCCUGUUGUCGGGCCUGACCAGAGCUGCCUAUCCCCCUGAGCUCCGAUUCAUGUACUACGUGGACGGCGGAGGCCCUGAUGGUGGCUUUCAUCAAGUCAAAGAAGCUGUCAUGCGUUAUCUGCAGACACUCAGUUGACAUUUCUUAUAUCAUCAUGGCACCCAGAAAGGUGGAGAAAAGCUGGAGAGAGCCCAUGCAAGGCCUCGAAUUCCAACAGAUAUGACAAGAGGUGUUUAAGGAACCAGAGUCUGCAGCACUUUGCACUCUGACCCUGGGAUCAGAUUGCCCAUCAGGCUUCUACUACUGUGGGCUCCUCAGAACAGCUAUGGGGAGGAUGGGGACUCCCCCAGGAAGGCCAUGGGGAAGCUGGGAACUCCCCAGGAAGGCCACGAGGAAGCUGGGCACUCCCCAGGAAAGCCACAAGGAAGCCAGAAAUUGGAGGUGGCAGGAGGUAGUGCCCUUCUGGGAUGGCCAACAGUAUUUGCCUUCAGCCUAACUAGACAGGAAGCCUGGCACACACUUAUGUCUUCUUCCCCUGGAAUUGGGCACUGGUGUAGUUAGGCAGCUUCUAAAGAGUUGACUCGCCCAAUAAGCAAGAACCCUAGAAUGAAGGCCUCAACAUGGUCUUCCCAGUUACCUGGCAUCAGGAGAAAGCAACAGGUUUCGAGUCCUUCACACUCACACUAUGUCUGUUCCAUUUCCCAGAAGCAUUGAAUCACUUCAGAAAGCUAUAUGAAAGAUGCAUUCAGCACUGUAUUGUAUUCUAUUUAUUGCACGAGUGUCAUUAAAGACAAACCUAGAAGCCACUCUGAAAACGCAGGAGGAAACGGAGUGGGUGGAAAGGGAAGUCAGGGCUCAGGGCUCAAUCCCUUCACCCAGGACCAAAAACCCACUGAUGCUGUGACUUCUGGGAGCAUCAUUAACAGUCUGGCUAGAGCUGAUGCUUUCACAGUAGCUGUCUUCACUUUUGGUCUGAGAGGAAUCAGCAUUUUUCUUCUGGCAGAUGACUGUGUUCCUUGUAGGAUAGGCAAGUUUUCAUUACUCUGUUCUCAGUAAUUAUAUUGUUGAACUGAAAUGAAUUUCAUCAUUUUCCCCACUUCUCCCAUCAUGUCCCCUCUUUUACUGAAAAUAAUUUAUUUUUUAAAUUAUGUGUUAUUUUACUGUAUACAAAAGGACUAAAGAAUAGUAUAAUGUACACCUACCAGUUUAAGAAGCAACACCUCCUUACCAUCUCUCUGGUGCUCUCUUUGUACCCUGAAUUAUAGUCCCCUCGCUUCCCUCUCCAGAAAUAACCACUAUUUUGAAUUUUGAACUUAUCAGUCUCAGCUUUUCUCUAUAAAUUUCCUAUAUAUGGAUGCCGCCCUACCAGCAUAUUGUUUAGUUUUAUGUGGUUGUAUAUUUUAAAUAAAUGGCAUUAUAUUUGUA